UCAAGGGAGAAGAAGUUGUGUCUGGGAAGGUGCAUGCUCACAGCUGGUCUUCAGGGGCAGUCCGACCCAGGCAAGGAGGAUGUCCACCACCCGGAAGGUCAGCCUCUCUGUGAGCAAAGUGAGCAUAAGCCACAGCAAAGUCAGUCUGAGCCUAAGCCAAACGAUGUCGAGGACCACAAGUGGGCCUACAGAGGGCAAAGAGAAAGUGUCCUUGCCCCAUCCAAGGCAACACGUCCAGGUAUUUGAUGCACUUGGGAAUGAUGUCACUCCUCGACCCCUUUUCCGUCCAGAUCCACAUUUUCCUGGAUCCAAAAAGCCCAGUAAGCUGCUUGCAUCCCAGGAUGUGUCUCUUGGAUCAGACUAUGCAGGCUCCUACACCAUGUUUCAGAAUACCUUGAACCCUAGCUUGGUGGGGCAGUUCACAAGGUCAGUAUUAGGGAGCAGCACUGUUUCUAAGUCAAGUGCAUCUACAAUGGAGUCCAUCGGAGAAGACCUGGAAGAGCCAUCUUUUAGACGAGAAGCAAUAUCCAUUUAUGUUGAUCUCCAGUUUAAGAAAGAAGUGCCCAAAAUCUUAACGAAAGAAGAAUUAGAUGCCAAAGUGGACAUCUACCUCUCGGAGACGGAAACCCUGUGGUUCUUUAAUCUCCCAACAGUCGUGCAUUCUAUAGAGUCUGAAGAAGCUGAGAAAAUAAAGGAACGGAACAUGCUCUAUGAGACUCUUUGUAAAAAUCGAGCUGGCAACGACUUAUAUGUUGAAAGGGUGAUGCAGACUUUUAAUGGUGCACCCAAGCACAAGGAAGUUCAGUGUGAUAAAAUCCUAACAGAAGAGAAAGGCAUAAUGUCCACCACUUGGGCUUUGUAUGAUGCUUAUGAUGCCUUGGAAUUUUCUGCUUCAACAACGAAACUGGAAACAGGGAAGUCAGGAAGUAUGCCAGAGGUGGUGAGGAAAGACCAGGACUCCAGAUAUCUGAGCACUACAGACAGAACGAGUGAAAACAGUUCCACAAUUGAUGUCGAAAGCAUCAUUAUGGCUAAAAUUCAUGAGGAAGAAGAAGAUCAUUCAGAGUUGAUAUUGAAGUCGGAAAAAUUUCAACAGGAUUUAUUUUUCAUGGAGAGGGUUCUCAUGGAAAAUAUAUUUCAACCGAAACUUGCAGCUUAUCGACAGCUUCCUAUCCUAGAAGGCAAGGAAGAAGCAGAAACAGAAGAGGAGAAUCAUCCCCAAGUGCAAAAAGUUAAGCAGAGCGAGGAUGACGAAGAUACAGAAGCUACGGAAGAGGAGUCAGUGGAGGCUUCGGAAGAACCCAUCCCACCCAAUCUAGAACGACUGUGGUCGUUUUCUUGUGACCUCACAAAAGGACACAAUGUGAGCAGCAUGGCCUGGAAUAAAGCAAACCCGGACCUGUUGGCUGUUGGUUAUGGCCAGUUUGGCUUCAGAGAGCAGAAGAGAGGACUGGCCUGCUGCUGGUCACUAAAGAAUCCAAUGUGGCCAGAAUGUGUUUAUCCGAGUCUCCAUGGGGUGACGUCUGUGGAUUUCUCUAUAGGAUCCCCGAAUCUUCUGGCUGUUGGGUUUUACAAUGGUACCAUCGCCAUCUACAAUGUGCAGAACAACAAUAGAGUUCCUGUCCUGGACAGUAGUGAAUUUCAUCAGAAGCACAUUGGACCAAUUUGGCAAGUCCAAUGGGUAGAGCAGGACCGAGGAGCGGCAGGUGAAGAAAAAAGGGAAAUACUCGUUACUGUUGGGGCUGAUGGAAGAAUCUCCAAGUGGGUUAUACAGAAAGGACUGAUUUGUCAUGAUUUGAUGAAACUGAAGAGAACAUCAAUGGACAAGCAGAAAAAGGAAAAUGAGAGAGAGAAGAAAAGCGAAGCUUUGAUAUCUCGGCAGGCUCCUGGAAUGUGUUUUGCUUUUCACCCCAGGGACACAAAUAUCUAUCUGGCCGGUACAGAAGAAGGUCACAUUCAUAAAUGCUCUUGUUCGUAUAAUGAACAGUACCUGGAUACCUACAAAGGUCACAAGGGUCCUGUGUACAGGAUAGCAUGGAACCCGUUUUGCUAUGAAGUGUUCCUAAGCUGCUCUGCAGACUGGGGUGUGAAUCUCUGGCAACAGGACAACUUUAAGCCAUAUUUGAGUUUUUAUACAACUACUCAUGUGAUUUAUGAUAUUGCCUGGUCUCCAAAGUCAUCCUACAUUUUUGCAGCAGCAAAUGAACAUAGAGUAGAGAUCUGGGACCUCCACUGCAGUAUUUUGGACCCUAUCAUUGUGAAUGUAGCUAACCCAGGAGUGAAAUUUACAACCGUCCUCUUUGCUAAAAAUACUGAUUGUAUUUUAAUUGGUGAUAGUGAAGGACAAGUUAUCGUAUAUGAAUUGAAGAACAUGCCGAUUUACACAGAAAGCGGCCGGGAGGAUGCCAUUGACCUUUUACUUGGACCUGAGGCACAUAGUGUUUAGUAAUUUGUUGAUGCUGAUUCUUUUUAUAAAGAGAAAAUAGACUGUUUUUUUUUAUAUCAGAUAGCAGCUAUCUUCUGUGCCUUAGAUUGACUGUUUGAUUUUGGCUUAGACAGAACAUUGCAUGUAUUUUUACUUUAUAAUUAAUUUAAGCAUAAAUCAAAUGAAAGGGUUAUUGGCACAUCUUAUGUGUGAUUUAAACUGAUUGUAUAGAACUGUCAGCAGUUCUCCAGCUUUCCCACGGAAACUCUCAGACCAUGGUAGUGAAAUUACCUAUCAUUUAACUGGUGUAACUACAACCCAAAUUAUAAGAAAAAUACUCUGGCUUUAAUAACAUAACUUGACAAUUAUUUUUAGAUUCCAGACUUUGCUGUGUAUUAACAGUAAAAAGUCCUAAGGGCUCUGAUUGAAGAAUAAUUCUUCAUCUAGUGUUUAUAAAACUCUGAUUGCUUUCCAAAGUGCUUAUGAAUUAAGUUUCUUUCUGAUUCUUUAAAAAUAGUCUGGGCAUUUGAUUACCCUGUUUACCAGGGAUAGGAGUUUUCUCCUUGAAUCGGUUAGGUUGUAAUUCUUGGUUAGAUUACAUGACAGUAGUUUCUUACAGGUCACACUUAGUACUUGGGAGAAGCUAUUCCAGAACAUGUCAGACUAGCAGAUUGGGGUUAGGCUCCCUCACAGACCUGGCACAGAACAGAUAAGGUUCUGGGCAUCUCCUCACCAGAAGGCCCAGAAGCUGAUGUUGGACUUGAGAGUCCAGACGGAGAUGUGCUGAGGGGGAGGUCCAGAAUAAAUAAAAUACUACUAGUAUUGAGCUAGAGAACCUCUGUGGUAUUAGGUUCAUUCUGAGGGGGAUUCAGAGGGAUACCAUUUGAGCACAACCUGGCCAGUCCAUGGUAGUCCUUGGUUUUCCUUUUUUAAUGGAGUCCUGGAAUUGGCCCAGCUUUCCAGGAAUUCUCCAGGUUGUGGGUGGAUUAGGACCUCACUAGGUAACCUCUGUAAUGACCUUAGUGUCCUAGGUCCCCAAGAAAGCCUGGGCAACCAGAAACAGGGACACCAACUUGCCAACAAGCCCCGGUGUUUGGUGCUCGUGUUCAAUGUUCAUGAUAGCUUCUAUAAACAGCAUUGUUUUUGAUUUUGUUGAAACUUUGAAUUUUAUUGACCCCUGGCAUUUAUGUGAUCCUGGGGCAUUUUUUAAAAUUGUACAACAACUUACCAAGUGGAGGUGAAAAGACGGCAAUGAUUCAGUAAAUUCCCUGUGAAAUGUUGGGUUCCGUUAAGCAUCGACUCAGUGCAGCUUGAGAGCUCUUGUUCUCACCCAUUGUGCUCAGUUAUCUCAACCACAAAGAAUUAUUAGUGUUAUUAUGUUCUUUUGGGCUCAUCUCUUAGACAAGUAAACCACUCACAAAAAGUAGCUUUUGAGUUUUCUUAGGAUGAGGCAUUUUAAAAAUCUCUUAACAGUGUGGGCAAUGACUUGAUUCUUUGUCGUGUUGUCUUAAAAACCCGAUCUUUAUAUGACUCUGCUGACAAAUGAAUAAAGGCUUGAUGCAUUUGCUCAUUC